AUGUCCGAACCGCUCCCUCCUACCACUAAAACCCCUCCCCAGAACCCCGACUCUUACCUCACGAAUGAACCCAACGAAUCCACUCUCAACGACCCCAGCCUCACAACCAACGAAGAAAAGAAAACCCUCCCCAUAAAAACCCAUCACUGCCGCUUCUGCAACCACCUCCUCCUCGCAACAACGCGCUCUCUCCCUUCCCUCCCCCGACGCAAAGAUCCCGCCCGCGACGCCGCGCUCAUUCUCCCCCUCCCGAAAUCGACUACCAACGACGACGAUGUCGAAGACGAGACAAACGCGCGGGGGGUAAAGCAUUACUCCAUCCUGCUUAGUACGAGUAUACCGGAUCGCAAGGCGACGCUGGUGCGGCGCGAGGACGGAUUCGAGAAGAGGUUGUUGCUGCGGUGUGGGCGGUGUCGGGUUGUUGUUGGGUAUUUCUUGGACGACGUGCAUUUUCCGGGACAUGCGGAUGAUACUAAUGAGGGUGGAGGCGGGGUGAAGGUGGUGUAUUUGCUACCUGGGGGAUUGAUAGAAACAGGGAUUAUGGGCGAUGAGGAUAAAGUCAAGCCUAUGGAUCAGGAAUGGAGCGGAUGGGCAUGA